GUGUUUGAGCUUUGAAAGUGUUUAAAUAUAUGCGUACUUUUCAGGAAAAAAUUUAGUUUUUACAAUAACUGAAAACGAAUUGUUUAUCGUUGAAUGUCAUGUUUUAAUGUUUUAUCUAACAAUAUCGAACAUUAUUUUUGUCUCAUUUCGCUCCCUAUAUCAUGAAUGCUGGCACUGGUAAAUACCGAUGGGGGAAACGGAUCUUUCUCGAGUCAACUAAACGAACUGUCUCCCAAACGUAUUUACUUGUGUAUUAUGUUGAAAGGUCGUAUAUUUGAGGCUGCCUCAUUUCAGUAAAGAUCAUCGAGGCGCUCAAAACACGGCGCGCUGACGACAUCUGCUGUUAAAAAUGCUGUAAUUGGAACAAGAACAACGGUCCAUGUACUUCUGCGUUUAUUCAAGACCUUAACUGGCGUAUGUGCAAGAGAAGUGUGGUCACUAUACUGGCCAGCGACGCGCUCGGAAACCCUUCAUGUCAGACCUCCACAGUUAUAGGCUUUAGCUUAGUGCAACCCAACUCAUGCACCUAAACAAUUUCUUCAUAUAAAGCAAUAUAAAACAUAAUAUUUAACCACAAGCAAUAACUUUAGUCAUUCCACUCACCCUGAAUUAUUCUCAUUUCUCAGCAGAGGGUUUACAAUCCUUGUCAAUAAAUAGACACUAGAAGUUGAAUUAAAUUUAGCAUUUUUAUACAUUUAAAAAUCAAGUUGUUAUUGAUUCUGUUUUCUUUCUGUUGAUUAUUCUCAUUUUAAACAUGACAAUGUCCAAACACACAGGGGGAAAACUCCUGGUGAAACAGUUGAGAUCCUCAUGCCUUAUAAAGAUGGCGCUUAUGAAAGAGGAGAGUGAAGACGUGAGGAUUGACGAAGCAUUCAGAUUCAAACAAGAAGAUACUGAGGAAACAGGUCACCCUCAUUAGGACAGACAUGUGAAGAUCACAUGACCUGCCAAAUACUAAUGCUGCUCUCAGAUGCACCUGGGGAGCUCCUACUAGACCUGAUGCCACUAAAAGAAGAGUUACUAAAUGAAAAUGAAGCCAAAGAGGAGAAACAUGAUUUCACAACUGGAGAAAAUUUUAGGUGCUCACAAACUGAAAUUACUUCUUCACAAAAAAGAGCCCAAAAGACAGGAACUAGAAAUUAUUUCACCUGCUUUCAUUGUGGAAAAAGUUUCAAUCAACAUGAAGAACUUAAAGCCCACAUGAGAGUUCACAAUGAAGAGAAGCCUUUCACCUGCCAGCAGUGUGGAAAAAAAUUUAAUGAAACAGGAGGCCUUAAAAGGCAUGUGAGAGUUCACACUGGUGAGAAGCCUUACACAUGCCAACAGUGUGGAAGCAGUUUCACUCAAAAAGGAAGUCUGAAGAGGCACAUGAGAAUUCAUUCUGGAGAGAAGCUUUUCACCUGCAAACUGUGUGGAAAGACCUUCUUACACAAAGGAAAUCUAAAGAUUCACAUGAGAGUUCACACUGGAGAGAAACCAUUCACAUGUGUUCAGUGUAAACAAUGUUUUACACGUAAAGAAAGCCUUAAAAACCACAUGAGGAUUCACUCAAGAGCCAACUGUUUCGUGUGUCAACAGUGUGGUAGGAGUUUCCUAAACAGUAAACACCUGAUAAGGCAUGUAAUAACUCACACUGGAGAAAACCCUUUCAUGUGUCAUCACUGUGGAAAGAGUUUCACUCUUAAAGGAAACCUCAAGACUCACAUGAGAAUUCACACUGGAGAGAAGCCUUUUGCAUGCCAACAUUGUGGAAAGAGUUUUAGACAUAAUGUAAGUCUUAAGAUUCAUAUGAGACUUUACACUGGAGAGAAGCCUUUCACAUGCCUUCAGUGUAAGAAGUGUUUCACAUAUCAAAGAGACCUGAAACGUCAUUUGCAAACUCAUUCCGGAAUGAAAUUGGACAGUUCUGAGUGUGACAAAAGGUUUAGAAAAAGGAGACAUUUUAAAAAUAACCUGUGCAGUCACUCUGGAAGAAGGCGAUUUAAUUGUGGUAAAUGUAAUAAAAAAUGUAUUGUGCCGUCACACUUAAAGAUACACCUGAAAAGUCAUGCAGAUGUGAGACGCUACUCAUGUCUUUGUGUGGAAAGGCUUUUAAAUGGCUUGGCAAUUUAAAAUGGCACCAGAAAACACGUAUCUGUGUGAAAUUAAGGCUGCGUUCACACCACAAAUAAAAAUGAGCUGAUUUUCUGCUAAAGUAAGAUUUAUUUAUUUAUUUUUUUGGUCAAGCUGUUGACAUUAACUUUUAAAUGCAGCCUGUAUUAAAUACAGUACAUGUCUGAACAGGUGAUGUUUUUACAAUACUUCUCUUGUCUUUAAUUUGCAUCCUAUACAUACUAAUUAAAAGAUAAAUAAAAGGACAUUAACUGAAUGAGGCAAUGAAGACUGCAUUGCUUAUUUAAUUCAUAUUUAGUUUUAAAGGGUUACUCCACCGCAAAAUACAAAUUUUUCACUUACA